AUGCCACAUGAUGUUUGCUAUCAAUUGGAGGAAAACUUGAAAGAAAUUGAUCAAAAGAGACCAACUAAAAAAUUAAGAAAAGAAGAGAACAAUCCAUUGGAAGUGGAUGAUAAAAUUGUGCAAGAAAUAAUUCCUUCAAGUUCCUCUCAACUAGACAAAAAAAAGGCAUCUGCAGUGGGAGACAAAUUCUUUGCCCCAAGGACAAGCUCGGGAGCACAGCCAAGAAUUCAAAGUGCAUUUAUAGGUAAAGAAGUUUUGCAUAGAGUAGAUUAUGAUUGUUGCAUUCUUAUGAAUGCUAUAAAUUUUGUUUACUAUCAGCCCAUGAUAGAUGUUAUUUCAGCUAUUAGCCCUGGUUAUAAAGGACCAACUUACCAUGCUGUGAGAACCAAAUUAUUACAAGACAUAAAAAAGAAGGUGCAAUCAUUAGUUGAUGAAUGUAGAAGCUUUUGGGCUGAGACUGGAUGUACAAUAAUGGCUUAUGGUUGGCAGGAUCAAAGAAAUAGACAGUUGAUUAAUUUUCUUGUUUAUUGCCCUAGAGGAAUGGUUUUUAUUAAAUCUGUUGAUGCAUCAGAUAUUGUUAAGGAUGCUCAAAAUUUUUUCAACUUAGUCAUGGAUAUGGUUGCUUUUGCUGGUGCAGACAACAUUGUCUACUUGGUAACUGAUAAUGCAACUAAUUAUAAAGCUACUGGAAGGUUGUUAAAUGAUAAGUUUCCUUCUAUUUUUUGGUCUUCUUGUACUGCCCAUUGCUUAAAUUUGAUUUUAUCAUAUAUUGGUAAAAUGGAGAUUGUUAGUAGCUUAGCAACACGUGCAUCCAUGGUUUCAAAAUUCAUUUACAACCAUGUCUUUUUGCUAGCUUGGUUAAGGAAAAGAGAAGAUUGGACAGAAAUCAUCCGGCCUAGUGCAACACAGUUUGGCACUACUUUCAUUGCCUUGAAAAGUAUCUAUGAGUAUAGGCAUGAUAUUCAAGCUUUGAUAACAAGCAAGACAUUUGUAGAAUCUAGAUAUUACAAGGAUUCAAAGGCAAAGGCUGUGACAAUGAUUGUAUUAGACAAUCAAGUUGCUAACAAGAAGAAAGCUUUGGACCUUGUUGAUUAUGAAAGUAUUGAUCAGAUUGAUUAUUGGGUAAUGGAAGAAGAUGAUUGUUCUUUGCUCAAUAUUGAUGAUAUAGAACAAGAUCUCAUUUAUGAUGACACAGUGCUACCAAAAGCUAUCAUUCAUCAAGAGGAUGAGGAAGAUAAUAAGCAAAGAGGCAACGUGGCACAUGGUGAAGCUAUUAGUGGACUUGAUUUACAAUUAUUUUCUCAAAAGGAUAUUGAUAGCUUUAGUGAAGAUGUUGAUGCCUUUGAGCCUACACAUGCUUGGAUUAACCAAAAUCCCCCAAUAUUUGAUAAGCCAUGA